AUGGCACACCUAAUCCCCUCAUCAACACUGCAAUCCCAUGUAUCUAGCCCCCUCCACUCCCGGCCCCUUCAAAAGAACCUAACACCAGGCGAUGUGGGAAUCCUAAAAUCAACCCUCCUGCCUUCAUUCGGACUAUACUCCUCAUUAUCUCUAGCAACAUACUUUGCAGCGGAAGCAACCAAUCGAGUUGAGCUGAAAGACUGGCUCUGGCCUUCCGCCCAAGUCCUCAAUGCAUGGUGGAGUGCCAUCGGCCAAAAUAUGUACAAACAUGGCCAUCCAUUUAGAGCAGCCUGGGAUGCAUUACCAUGGACAGAACAGGUCCUUCUGAGCUGUGUUACUAUAUGGGGCACUAGGCUCUUCUCCCGGAUCGCAUCACGAUCCUUGAGCCGGGACACGGACGAUGCGCGGUACGAGGCUGUGAAGAAAGAGCCUGGAUUUUGGAAGAGUGCGUUUGUGAAGAUCUUCCUGCCUGAAGCUCUCAUUUUGAGCGUUAUUUCCUUUCCAUUUACGCUUCCAUUCAAUACGGACAAUAAUACUCUCGCGCUUGGAGAGGAUGCGCGGAACAUUGUUCGGGCGCUGGGCGUUGGUGUAUUUGGCGCUGGGCUCGCGAUGGAGGUAUUGGCGGAUACGCAGCUUGAAUUGCAUCGUCGUGAGAGAACAGAUCUGUGUCGACAUGGCGUUUGGGGUUUGGUGCGGCAUCCAAAUUAUCUGGGCGACACAUUGAUUCAUUUCUCUUUUACAUUGCUUAACAUGGCCGGGUUCUGGAACCCGAUUGUGCUACUUGGUCCCAUCACAAACUACCUAUUCCUUCGUGUUUUGGGCGGCGAUAAGCAGACUGAGGCUAGCCAGGAGGAACGUUACAAGUACCAAGACCCUCCAAAGUACGAGCAGUUUAAGCAAUGGCAGAGGGAUAAUAACAGCUUUUGGCCUGGCUUCCGAGACUUGGCGAAUCCAUGGGUAUUGGUUCUGGCGGGUUGCAGUUUUAUUGGAGUGGUGGUUGAAGAAGCACUGCGAGGCACUUUUCAUAUGUAA